AUGGCGGAUCUUGGAAGUGCAUCGGCUACUUUGCCAGGCAAUGCGUACGCCGACGCUUUUGUUCGAGGUCAAGCCAGAGAAGGCGUGAGCCGAGUGCAGGCUCGGCUGGGCAAAGCCAGACAUCUGAAUGAUGACCUAGCCGACUACUUUGCCGCGCGUCGAGAGGUAGAAGCAGCGUACCUCAAAGCUCUCUCGCGCAUCGCCAAGCGUCCUUUCAUCUCUGAUCCUACUGUCCUCGGCGCAUUUGCACCAGUGUAUGAGAGACUUGCGCUGGAGCUAGGCGAGCUCGCUUCCGUUCAUGGAGAGCUCGAAGGACGACUGGAAGAGGCAGAAGCGGUGCUUCGUACAGCAUCAACGCGUGGAGAGUGGUCGAGAGUCAAGGAGCACGAUGAGAGCGUGUCUGCUGCCCUCAGGGAAAUUGCAAGCUUAGAGUCGCAACUCGCAAAGGAUCAGAAGAAAGCGGAGAGCGCUUCGUCGAAGAAGGUUGCUGCGGCCCAAAACAAAGCCAGCGAAACGGCUGCGCAUUUAGCACAGGCAAACGAUGCGUGGGAGACUGAAGCGCCUUUUGCUUUUGAGGCGUAUCAAAGGAUUGAUCAGGCACGCUUAGAUCUAUUGAAAGAGACCAUCACCAAAUGGGAGACUGCUCAAAGUGAUGCUGCGACAAGGCUCAUGUCGACAGCUGAAAAGACGAUGCAAGCCUCUCUAAGCUUCGACACACAAGCCGAGAUGACGGAGUUCAUCCUUAAGCAAGGCACCAGCAAAGGCUUGCCGUCUGUACAGGGGCGUCCUGAUGCAACUAUAAGAGCGCAACAAGGUGCCUCCCCGGUCACAAGUGCAAGUGCUCGUGGACCUGCUCCAGGUGCACCGACCCCUAGCAAUGGUCGCAAUGGAGCCGCGCCCGGCCUGGCGGAAUUUGGAGGCGUAGGCAGUAGCACUGCGUCGAUACAUUCAACUGGUGCCGGGGCCCAAGACACUGCGAGUGUGGCUCAGCAACAGCCAACAGGAAGGGGUAGCACUCUCAAGUCUGCCUUGACGCGCAUUGGCAGGGGUCGUUCCGGCAAAGGCGCAAAUGAGAUGUCGACUUCGUACGGCUCACUACCUGAGCAGCCCGACAGUAUGGGACCUCCUCAAGUACCUGCUAUCUCGUCGAGUGUCUCUCAGCGCGCUCCCCGUUUGUCGCUGAGUGGCAACGACGCCCGGGAAGGUCUUCCUCAAAUCGGCAUGGCACCCCUCGUGCCGACCACUAGAGGGACAAGUACCGAAGCAUCUCCGGCCGCACCUCAAGUUGACGCUGAGGGCUACUCUAUUCCACCACCAGACCGCAAGCCUUGGGAGCCAACCGCUGGGGCUUCGCUCAUGGACGAGGACGCAUCAGAAGAAAUUUCAGAUCUUCCUCGCGUGUCUGGCAUGAACAUCUCAAGUAAAGCGGUCACGCCUAAGCCCGAAGACUCUGCACAGGACCAGGCCGCCCUCGAACGUGUACGCAGCACCUUGCUCACGGCGCGGACUCCACCGACUGCCCCAUCCCGCCGGAAUACCACCCGGAGAGACCGCAGGGACGUGCGCAACACGACCUACAAUCCCAAUCUCAACCUUGAUGCGGGCACGUCGACUGCCACGGGUGGGGGAUCAGUCGCGAGCCCGAUCGCGGCAUCGACUACAGCAAGCCGCUUCGACCCAGACCGUACUCAAAGUAUCGUCUCGAUGACGUCGAUGUCGGGUGCUGCUGGCAGCCCUUUCGAAGCCGCCAGCGCUGGUGUGGGAGGCGCAGCGGCAGCAUCAGCUCCCGGCCUUCGCGCAGCUGUGACAGAGACUGUCAACGUCAUCUUCGAUGGCCGGGACAUACAGCGCAUCAUGAUUGUCGGAGAGCUGAGCGUCACUCUCAAAGACAUUGGGACAACUGAGCCCUUGCAUCUUCGGCUCGACGCAUUCGAAGAGCUCGAGAAGGCGGCACCGAAUCCAGCAUUUGUACAGUCAAUACCCGAUCGACCUGGAGAAUACAGGUUGGACGUGGCUAGUCUUGUGAGCAAAGGCGGGGCCGGCGUGUUGCUCAAGUAUCAGCUGCAUGUGUCGGAAAGCAGGAAGAGGGACUACGUUCCUUUGGACGUGGUUGCACAGUGGCGCUGUGAGCAACAUCAAACAUCUUUGCUUUGCAACUACACGCCAAACACAACCAACAAGCUGCUCGCUUCUGGGAUCGAUGGCAUGCCAAAUGAGGUUGUCGCAUCUACGCUGCAGGAUGUCAGCUUCGUCGCCACGAUCCAGCCCUCGAAUGUGGCCGGACACAUGAGCAAGCCUGUCGGGACUUGGUCAGCAGAGCACAAGAGAAUGUUCUGGAAGCUCGAUCACACGGAGGCCGCGAGUGCGGGCAAGGUACUUGCGCGAUUUCAGGUGGAUGCACCCACCUCGCCCAGCGGCGUGCAAGUGAGAUGGAAAGUGAUUGGUCGCACCAUCUCCGCGCUAGGCGUCAACGUAGUCAGCGACUCAACCAUUGCGCCAUCCGCUCUCCGAUUCGAUAGCGUGGCGCGGUCCACUGUAUCGGGCAAAUAUGUCGCGAAUCCAGUCCAGUCCUAG